GUGAAAAAACCUAAAAUCACACCAAUUGGCUCUCCCAAUCCCUCAUUUUCUUGUUUCUUCUUCACACAAAAAGCAUCAGCACCAUUCAGGAGUGCACAAUCAUCAUUCUCUCUCUGUGGUAAAAUAAGACAUGACAAUUUGCAUUAUUUUUGCCCCAAUUGGAACCCCUCCUCUUCACAUGUUUUUCCUCCUCAGAAAAUGUGUUUUUGUUCAUCAUUCUCCUUCUUGUUGGCCCUCCAAACCCUUGUGAUCUCUCUCUACCUUUUCCGAAUAUUCACUUUCCCAUUAUAUAUACACACACUUCUUAACCCAUAGCUACCACUCAACUUCUCUCGAUCUGUUUUCAAAGACAUACUCCUUAGUUUUCAACAAAAAUGAAAAGAGCAGCAUACUAUAGUGCUGUACCCCAAAUGCAGGAUCUUUGGCCUAUCAAGAAGGCUCUCACAUUGUCUGAUGUAGAUAUCACUCAUCCAUUUCUCACUUUGUCUCGGCAACAAGUAGAGAACCACAUUGUAUUGCAUAUGACAACACAACAACAGGAGCAUUUGAGAGCCCAAGGCCAAGUAGAUUUUAAUGCCCGGGAUGAUGAUACAGGUGAGAUGUAUGUGAUGAAGUUGAAAUGGCGGGGAAGCUACUACAAUCUUAUUGGUAAGUGGGGCAGAGUCGUGCGGGGGAAAGGACUUGAUGUUGGGCAAGAGAUUAAAGUACGUUGGGAAAAUGGGUGCUUACACUUCUCAGUCCCACAACAGCAGAUUGUUGCAGUCCCACCAAUUCGGAUGGUGGCAGCACCUGUGGUGCAGGACCACUGGCCCAUUAAGAAGAUCUUGACACUCUCUGAUGUGGACACCAAUCAUCCAUUUCUCCCUCUGCCCCGUCGGUUAGUUGAGGAUCAUAUUCUUGUGCAUUGGACAGCUCAGCAACAAGAACAACUGAGAAAGGAGGAGCCUGUGAAUGUAAAUGCCCGAGAUUAUGAUACUGGCGAAGGUUAUAUAAUGAAAUUUAAGUGGAGGGGGAAUUACUAUAACCUUAUUGGGAAAUGGGGAACAAUAAUUCGGCAGAAGGGACUUGGUGUUGGGAAAGAGAUCAGGUUGCGCUGGGCAAAUGAAUGCUUGUUCUUCUCAGUUCCCCAAGAGCGGUAUGUUGCCACGGCUUCGGGGAUGGAUAAUUGGCCUAUUAAGAAGGCACUUACAUUGUCUGAUGUCGAUACCAAUCAUCCAUUUCUUACUUUGCCCGGCAAAGCUGUUGAAGAUCAUAUUCUGUUUUACUGGUCACAGCAAGCCCGAGAACAACUGAGAAAUGAACAUCAGAUAAAUAUUAAUGCUCGAGAUGAUGACACUGGAGAUCCUUAUUUGAUGAAGUUAAGAUGGCGGGGAAGUUACUAUAAUCUCAUUGGAAAAUGGGGAAAAAUCAUUAGAGGGAAAAAACUCCAGGUUGGAAUAGAGAUCAGACUACGCUGGGAAAACGGAUGCUUAUUCUUCUCAGUUCCUCAAUUGUAGCAGUGGCGGACCUGUAGAUGUAGGAGAACUACCAAAUCGCUUUUCCCAUUUCAUGUGUCAUUUCAACAUGGAAUGCGCAUUGGAAAUUAAAAUUGUUUCAGGAAAUAAUUCAUUGAAGUAGAUGGUUUAGCAGAGCUGGAACUAAAACUAUCCAGGCAGCAACUGACUGGCACAUGGGACUGACCAAGCACAAAUCUUAUCAGGCUCUUAAGAUUACAAAGACAAAUUACCCCUGCUUUAGUUGAACCUGAUCAAUGAUGGAAUUUGUCCAGACUAACAGAUCGAUUUUCUACUGAGCCUUCUGCUGCACAUUGUUCAGUGACCACUACAAUCUUCUCAUGGUAUAUAACACCAUCUGCUCAUCUUUGGGUGCAUGAUGGUACGGCAGCAUAAAUAACUAGAUGAUUCCAGCUACUUGAAAGUCUUCAAGCCAGACGUGAUCCUAAUGAGCACAGCUACUGCAGUCAAUAUGACCUCUACCUUUGUUUUUUGCCGAAAAAGGACUGUAGUUUUCUACUAGAUAUUUAUAAUUUGACCCUUCAGUACAACCAAUUGGAUAUUCCUGUUUUGUGGUAAUUCUUUUUUACUAAAAAUUACUAGGAACCUCAGAGGUUCUGGGCUCUCAAAGGAGAGAGAAGGGAUAAGGAGAGAUUCGUGGAGCCUUCAGUGUUUUGGUUUAAUGGUAAAAGUGCAGUGUGUGACAUGUGGAUUAGGUGCACAUCACGGGUUUGAACUCUGCUGCAGACAAAGGCAUGGUAUUUAAGUGGUGAAGGGUAAAGGGGCGGGCAUAUUAUCCCUGAGUUUCGAACCAUGCGCCAGCUGGCUCUCAGCGAUUUUUCGGUUUAUCCAAAAAAAGAGAGAUUCAGGGAGCAUAUAUAUACGGAUGGAAAAGGAAGGGUAUGUGUCCCUGCAUAAUUUGCGCAGUUGAGAACUAGGAAAGCUGGGUAUCAGAAAGUGACUGCAGCAUAGGAGUUAUGUGCUGUGUUAGGCUGCUGAAACUGAAAGCAGUAGACAUGAUUGCAGGACUUGAUCAAAUUGCUUCACUGGCUGCACAAGAGUAUUUGGCAUCUGCUGGUGGUUCCAAAUAAGCUAGAAGCUUCACUAAAGUUGUUGUUUGGUGACAAGUGAGGCUUGCUCAGUUGGUAAAAGCACCUCCACCUAUGACCGUUAGGUCCUGAGUUCGAGUCACGCUGGAGGGGAAGUGUGGAAACACUAUAUAUCCUCCUAAUUUGGGAGGGGUUUAAAAAAAAAAAAAAAAUUGUUGUUUGGCGGCGGGCGGUUACUGUUUGGUUGUGUGUUUAAUUAAGUAGUGAUAUUUUCUAGAUCAUGAUUGGUUAGGUAAUCUCUCAUUUGUCAUAUGUCAGAUCAAAGCUGAACCGUGUAGGAUAAGGUUGGGAAUGUUGUUUGUCCUUUAUAUUUAUGGUUUCGUUCGGAGAAGAUGGAGAAGAGCAUAAAUCUACGAGGAUGUAUGCUAAUUGCCUAA